AACUGAACGAGUGGUGUCAGACUGCAUCUUGCUGUCUAAAGAGGUGAUAUUUCACAAUGAGGCGUGCUGCAGCUUUUCUGGCGUUGCUGCUCUGUCUGUACUGGACGAGGGCUCAGGGUGAGAGUGGAGGGCUGACAGGGAAUGACAUCACUCAGACGGAGGUUCAGUCUGAGAUCCUGGGUGUCAAAUCAACCAGUGAUCAGACCAACAUCAGCCCUGACAUCUGGGCUGAGCUGAAGGAGCUGAGAGACAUGGCCAUCGAACACAGUGUGGAGCUGAGGAAGCUGGGAGAGGAGAAUACAGCCAUACAGACCAGACUGACAGCCAGUGAAAAUGAGGUCAAGGAGCUCCAGAGAGAGAACACAGUUUUGAAGGCCAGAAUGAAAACCAGUGAAAAUGUGAUGGAGGAGCUCAAGAUGGAGAACACAGAUCUUCAAUCCAGAGUAACAGCAUUUGAAGAUAAGAGCACAGUGUUGGAGGCCAGAAUGAACGCCAGUGAAAACGAGGUGGAGGAGCUCAAGAGACAGAUUGCAGACCAACCAAAGGUGGCGUUCUCACUUGGUCUCACUGACGGCGGACAAGUUGGACCCUUCAAUACUGACAUCACACUUAAGUUCAGUAAAGUCAUCACCAACUUUGGUCAGGUCUACAGUCCAAUUACAGGUGUCUUCACAGCCCCAGUCAGAGGAGCCUACUACUUCUCAUUCAAUCUACUGGAUAUACGGAGUAACGUAUGGAGUGUUGUAUAUCUCUAUCACAAUGACAAGAGAGUGUUGUGGAGUCAUCAUUACAAUUAUGGAAAUGGCAAUAACAGACUUUCUAGUUCACUGGUUCUUCAGCUGGAAAAGGGGGAUGUGGUCUACAUGGUUUUACCUGCUGGCUAUAGUGUAUACGAUGAUGCUAAUGAUCAUACUUCCUUUAAUGGAUUUCUGCUUUUUCCACUGUGAGACUCAAACAUGAGAAGUGAUUUACCCCCAAAUGUUUGGCAUAGUGUAUAAACAAGUCAUACAGUAUUCAUGUGUAUAUGAAAGGAUGCACAUUGUUGCUGUGUUGACUUUGCUCUGCAACAAACUACAUAUGAAAUAAAAGAAUGAAUAUGAGGUUAAA